CUAAGCAGGGAUGUGUGGAAUCAACCGGGCCAGGCUGGAGCCGACUGGAGCUAUCCGGGCUGGGCCGACCAGGUACAGAUAGGAAUGGCCGAUAGAUUGUUGCUGCAGAUAUGAGCAGGCACUGUGCGACUUUUUCACUCGUAGCACUCAGCUUCAGCUCAAACUGUACAACUUCAUCGCAGGGCAGAUCUCACGAGUCAUGCGCUCACACUGUACGUCUGGUAGCAACAGGUCGGACCUAAAAAUAUGCUAAAAAUAGCAGUUUUUACACAACAUGUCAAACUUUUUUGUCUUGCCUGUUGUCCUUCGGGAGUGCCUCAGGGGGACACACGGGGAUUUAUGGGGGUUGGAUGAGGAAAACGAAAUAAAGUAAAUCUGUGUUUUGUGAUCAGUUUAAUUUGACAUGAACACGACAAACACGCUUUCUUGACAAUCUUUCUGAGUACAAAAACGUGUAGAAACAAAAACGAACAACGUGUGUUAUUGGGGAAAUAGCGGGCGAGCGGUGUUGAUGCAUGACUGCGCAUGCGCCGUGAGCGGUUCUGAUACUUUUUGGGUCGCAGCUGCUCGCAGCGCCGCUUCAGCAAAAUAUCAAACACGCCAGAAGUCCGUGGUGUUAAUCGCCUCUCAUAACCCUCUGUAUAUUAAAUAUAUAUUAAUAAUAUUAAUAUUAAAUACCUCUCAGCACCAGGGGUAAAACAAAUAAGGGUCAAGUAGAAACACAUAGCUCAUUGUUACCUCUUAAAUGGGUUCAUCUGCACUCAGAGGUGAGAAACUGUCAACCCUGAAGGUUUUGUCUACUUUUAAAUCACAUGAAUAAUUGAGCUCCUAAAGGGUUAAUGUCUAAAUGCACUGCCCACAUGACAUUCCGCUGCUUAACGUUUGCAUAAGGAGCUUCCUUAUUUCACCAAUAUGCACAAAAAGAAACUAAACCUAACAAGCCAGUGGACUUUUGAAAUGUGGUCAUGAGCCUAAUUUAAAAAUAAAGUCAACAUAACAUCAAACUCUAAAUAUCAAGGUGUUAGCAUGUUUACUGCAUAAGAAAUAGCUAUUUAUUUUGAACGUUUUUAAAAUGGAUUUUUAAACUUCCUGCAAUAAGCCAGAUUAAAAGAAAGAAUACAUGUGAGCUGAAGAAAAUAAGAAGGAAAACCCCAGACGUGUCAUCACUUGCAAUCAUGUAAGUUCAAGUUAUGAAUGCACUCUCUUACGUAAUUCUUGCACAUUAUUAUCAGCUCAAUGGUUGUCAAGGUGGGGCCAGUCAGUCAUAAGUGUCAAGGAAAUCGACAGAGAGGUACCUAUGAAUCGCUGUGGCACGCCGGAGCUCUCCAGUAAGUUUUAGACCCUUUGUGAUUAUUCUUAGUGUUAUAUUGUUGUGUAAAUGCGCUGUGCUGAGUUAGGCGAUGGGUAACUUUUAUUACUAUUUAGUCAUAAAACAGCAUGAGAAUAUGAAUGAAUGUGUUUCAAUGGAAAAACUAAAGCAACAAAAUGUUGUUUUCUACUCCUUUUUUAUUUCACUAUUUAAUCCAAUCCAAUCCAAUUUUAUUUAUAAAGCGCAUUCACAAGGCAUUACAACCAAACAAGGCGCUGUACACUAAAAAUGUUAGUUAAUUAAACCGGCGUUAUACAAACAUGUCCUACACAGAUAAAAGAUAAAAAGGAAAUACAACAAAAUUCCCAAAAAUAACAGCUAAAAAUCAAUAAGACACAGGGUGAAUAAAAAAUUAGAAAAACAUUUUUUAAAAAGUAUUUUAAUAAAAAAGCUACAUAGUUCCUGUUAUUGAGAAUGAGUUCUGGGUUUUCUGCUGGCACAAUAUCACAGCUGCUGAUGACGGCACCUAAUCAGCUCAAUGUGACAAAUAGUUUAUGGUGGGCUGAAGUGCAGGCCAAUAUGAUUCAGCGCCUGACUGAAGUCAAACUUCAAGCUGUUAAACAAAACUCUCGCCCUUUGAAUAAAUAGUGUUUUUAUAGUUCAAUACAACUGUCUCUUUCUUGUUGCAGUGUUCUGGCCGCGAGCUCAAAAAUGGCACCAGAAAUGGCUAAAACAGUCAAAAUGAUCAGUUCUCUGGAUAUCUCUAAGGAUUUCUAACAAGUAUCGGUAUUUAUUCCUUGGAACCUGAAGGCAACACAAUGCAGCCGUCGGACGUCGUGUUCUCCAAACGGCGGUGGUUAUUAAACGCCGGUGGUUUGGCCUUCUAUGUUUUGGACAUUUGUACCGAUGUCGCACUGGCUGUGCAAUAUUUUGAGCAGAAGCAAUAUGUUUGGAGUGGAAUGACUGUGAUGUUUGUGAUGGCUGCAGUGGUGGUGACCCAGAUCUUCAGCUGCGCUUGGUACUGGGAAGACAAGGAUGAAAAUAAUCAAACCGCACUUGACAUGUCAAAGCGCAAAAUUGCUGUCCUGCACGUAUUUGUGUUGGGGAUCAACAUGAGGUAUUAUUACCUGCUGAAGGAGGGGUUCAGUGUUUGUUGGAAAACAAAACAAGCAGCAGCAGCAAAUAUUCACCACAAACUCUUCUGGAUGGCUACUGAUCUGAGCAUGCUGAAGCUUUUUGAAACUUUCCUGGAGAGCGCCCCCCAACUCCUCUUACAGCUUUACAUACGAGGGUACAACGAGUGGCCCCUCUUGCAGAUUUUCUCUCUGGCCUUUUCUUUCUGCAACAUAGCCUGGUCCCUGGUGGAUUAUUGGCACUGCCUCCGCAAAUCUCUUCCGAACGUCAAAGAUAAGUCCUCGCACCUCCCCACAGCGGUCUACCUCAUCUACAAAGUCUGCACCAUCACCAGUAUAAUUCUAAGCUACAGCCUCUACGUCACACUCAGCAUCUACAGCACAGUGGGCAUCACCAUCAUCUGGCUGCUGGGAACAACAUGGGUCCACUUACUUCAGACCAACUUCUGCUCGUCUAGAUGUCUCGAGCUUCUCUACCGGGCUGUAGUAGGAGUUAUCCUCAUUUUCAGCUUUUUCAACGCAAAAGGAAAAAACACCAAAGAAGUCAUGGUGGUUUAUUACGUCUUCUACAGUUUAGUAUGUGUCACUGCUCCGUUGCUGUUGGCUUUCCUAAAACCAGAGAUGCGGACGGCUGUGUUUUUAUGGACAGUCGGAGGUUUAAUCUACGGAGGUUUGUUGUUUGGGCUGUUGAGUCUCCAUAUGUACUACCGCUUCCUUCACCCCCCAACUUCUAAUGCAAAUGAGGAGAAUGGCCUGAGUAAUCAAUCCAGAGACGACGAGGCAGAUGAAGUGGAUGGCCCGAGGCAGGAAACAAUAACAAAUAAAAGGUUAAAGACAUUUUUGCAGCCUUGAACUGAUGGGCCGUAAAAGACUCUUCCACAAGCCAAAUAACCCAACCUGUCCUGUCCUGACGUACAUUUUAUAUUUUAUUUUUAUUAUAUUUCAUAUUAUUGGGCUUGUGAGAUUUUAGGUGAAUUCAGGUGCUGAUUAUAUAUUAUUUUUUAAUUUUAUUUAAGAAUAAAUCAAUAGUAUUGAUAAUUAUUUGGAAAAUUGUUACAAAUGUGGAUAAAGACGACAAAAGCAACACAAACUUCAGAAAACGCUAAAUUCAAAGUAAACUAAAAUGUUCACAAAAUGCAACGUUUCACUCUUUUGAAGCUUAUUUUUCUGUUUUCUUUGACUAUUCCUACACACAUUUAUUACCAAAACCAACUGAAGCUCAGAAAUGCAAGGGCAUGUGUUUCUGUUUGUGAAUGUAGUGCCCACAGUGAACACAAGGCGGUGCUAUAUCCACACGUUUCAGUUCAGACACUUGGCAGAUGACUUGAAAUGUUCUACAGGAUCAAACUGAUUCUACAGCAAAAAUACUGUCUUAAAGUGUAUUUUAAAACUAUUUCACUAACGGGAAAAGGAGGAAAAAAUAGUAUUUGAUGUGAUGACCUUUGUGCAACUGAUACAAUAGCAAAGGAAAGGAAAGGAACGACAGAUGAAAGGCACACCUCAACUUCUCCUUGAAAUCACAAGAUAUCCAACAGCACCAACAGAGCAGAACUGACUAUUAAACUAUUAAAUCUGGAAAUACCCAUCUACAGCCUGGUAAGUAACCUGCACACUCUGAAUGUGAAAAUCUCAUCCACUCACCUGCUCAUGAUGAUGUUGUUUUUAAAGGGACUUUACGGACUUUUGAAUUUUUAUGCUCGCAAUUGCCCCCUCAGGCCAAAAACGUUACAGCAGCUUCAAUAGUAGGCUCUUGCCCGAGGUGCGCAUGCUGUACGUGCACACUCCUUAACGAAAUUAACAGCUGAGACAGUCCCGUGUGUGUGUGUGUGGCCCGGAGGACAGAGGACAGGGGAAUGCACAGCGAAUUAAUAAAAUAAUUUGGUUCUGUACUUUUCUCUUCAGCACAGCCAACAAAGGUAUAAGAUGGGUCAGUCCUCCUGCAUGCUCAGUUCAUUCCCUUCCCUUGCUUGAAAAAUUGUUCCAAAAUGAAAGUUGAACCCACAUAUUUUUUAUCUGUGAAUUCAAUGCCGUUCGGUGAGUCUCAAAUAAAAAUUUGGGCAUCUUACUGUAAAAAAAAAUACCAUUAAUGUAAAAAAGAAACUCUAAAAGAUCUAUGUUCACAUCCAGAAUCAAACCCAGGUCUUCUGCAUGGGAGUCAGACAUCUUACAAGGUGAGCUACACUCUAGUAACAUUCACAGUAUCUAACUUUUAUAUCCUUGAUGACAGCUGAAACAACGUCAAACCAAAGAACGGUUUGAAGCGAAAAUGGCUAUUUUGUUGCUAAUUUGCAGGAAAUAUCUAGAAGAAAGUAGCUAAGGGUCCUCAGAAAUGUAGUUAGGUUUGUCACUAGGCGUUAGGAACAGCGACAAAGUGACACUACCUCUCUCUGCUGCUAAAGCUACUGAUAGCAAAUGCUACGUGUUAUGCCUGAGCGUGAACGCACAUGAAGCAGCCUGCUCGACCCGAACAUCUCUCUUUUUCUGUGAUUUUACAGAAAAACAGGCAAUCACAGUAAAAAUGCCAGGGCUCGUUCUACAGGACCAGGGCAUUGCAGGAGAAUGUAUGAAGAAGAAAUUUAUUAUUUCUAUACAUGUUUUGGCUGUCAAACUUCCAUAAUGCCCCUUUAAGUAGAAAAUGACAAAUUAUAGCUAAAGAAAUACAAAUCAGACCUAUGUGAAUCAAAACCUAAAUAAAUUUAUCUGGAAUGGAUUUUUAAUUUUUAGUCAGGGAAAUUUAAUUAAAGCAAAGAGUUGGGGCUCAAAGCUUAUACUGCAACCAGCCACUAGGUGGUGCUUUGACAUUCUUCUGCGUAGUUAAACACACAACGUAUAACUUUUCUUCUGUAACAUUUAAAUACCAUUUUACCUUUUGUUUUUAUUUGUGAAUUACAGUGGUCCCUCGCUAUAACAUGGCUGACCUUUCGUGGCCUUGCAGUUUCGUGGAUUUCUCUGUGCAAUUUUGCAUGCGAUUUUUUUUACAGCGCAUUGUGUUCUGCAUCCAAAAGUACAAAAGUUUGAAUGUUGAGUGUUUAAACAAGAGAUAAAAGUGUGAAAAUGUUAAUAUCCGUCUAAGAAAGCGUUUAAAGUAUGUAGUGAGGGGUUUUACAGCCUUUAAACGCCGUGAUGGUGCGCUGAGACAAACAUGUCUGCGGAGCAUGAACUGUGCCAUGGCUGGAGCGUAUUUAAAUACAGGAGGGGGAGACAGGAGUCUUUAUGAGACGACGAGAGAUUGAAACGCUGGAGUGUGUGUGUGUGUGCAUAUAAAACUGCACCCAUGCUAGAAAUAAAAUGAUUGAGAAAUGUACAUUCUGGUGUGUUUUCAUGUGUGUGUGACCCCAACAAUAUAGCGGCGUACGCAAACACAAACACCUAUGAUAAUUGUAAAAAAUGAAGCUGACUACUUUGCGGAUUUCGCCUAUUGCGGGUUAUUUUUAGACGUGUAACUCCCGUGAGAAACGAGGGACCACUGUAUUACUGUUUAAUUGCUCUCAGAUGCUCUCGAAUCUCAUCGGCCUUGAACUAAAUUAUAAUCUCUGCUACUUGUUAUGCUCGUUCCCAUCGUUAUCCUCACAGAUUGAAAGGUAGCAGCCAAACAUUUCCACUCUCCUUGCUCCAAAAGGAUGGAGGAAAAGGUCACGGAUGAGUUAACUAGAAAUAAUAAACCCGUGCUAAUUUUGUUUUGACUACCAGCAAAAUAUUGUGAGUGAAGCUAUAGAGUCCAGGACGCUGUUUCUUCCUUUCCUCCUGGCCAGAGGGGGCAGGGGUGGCUCAGCGUGAGCUCACCUGGGAGGAUUGCUGACAAACGGCAGGAUCCAAAAAGCUCUGUGGCUUUUGGUUCAUCUCUUUUAAUUCCAUCAAUCUCCGAAUCUGUGAGUUGUUUGGCUUUAAUCUCGUCAAGAGCACUCCAUAAAAUUCAAACUCCAACAAAGGAAGAAACUUUUGUUGGAGAGGAAACGAAUCCUUGCCAGGUCAUUACCACAGAAUCCCAUUUUAUUGUGGACAUACCAACUUGUCAAUUCUU